GGCACCGACACCCCGACUCCCGCUGUCCCCGCUCAGCAUCAACCCCGGCAAUGAUGGCGUGCCCCCUGGAGCAGGCGCUGGCCGUGAUGGUCUCCACCUUCCACAAAUACUCGGGGAAGGAGGGGGACAAAUUCAAGCUGAGCAAAGCGGAGCUGAAGGAGCUGCUCAGCAGGGAGCUGCCCGCUUUCGGCACCAAGCAGAUGGAUGAGGGGGAGUUCCGGCGCCUGAUGAACGACCUGGACCACGACAAGGACAGCGAGGUGGACUUCAAGGAGUACGCCUGCUUCCUGGCCUGCGUGGCCAUGGGGUACAACGAGUUCUUCCGCGAUGCCCAACGGCCCCGCAAGAAGUGAACCCGCGCAGCGCUGCGCAAUAAAGUCCUCCCAGCGCCUCA